ACGGUAUAUUCGAUCGGGCUCGCCGCGGUCACACUUUUCUUUCCCUUCGUAUAAUAAUCGUGUCGUCGUCGCUUUUGUGAACAAAAAAUACGAGGAAAAUCGCCCGAAUCGACUUGCUUCGAGUGGGCACAAGCAUUUGUGUGGAACUAAACGAGUGAACACGCGGCUUUCAAUUGAACACAACUCGAUAGUUGUCCAAUUUCCUGCACCCCCAAGUUAAAGAAAAGCCGUCAAAAUUGAAUCGACAAAGAUUGACGAGACUUUUUCUUCCACCACAACUGCGAUGGAGGAUAAAGCAACAACAAAAGAUCUUGAUCAAUGGAUUGAGCAGUUGAACGAAUGCAAUCAGUUGACAGAGACACAAGUUCGCACCCUCUGCGACAAGGCCAAGGAGAUCCUCUCCAAGGAGUCGAAUGUGCAGGAGGUGAAAUGUCCCGUGACAGUGUGCGGAGAUGUCCACGGUCAGUUCCACGACCUGAUGGAGCUGUUCCGGAUAGGCGGAAAGUCCCCGGACACCAACUACCUGUUCAUGGGCGACUAUGUAGACCGUGGAUACUACUCUGUGGAGACCGUGACCCUUCUGGUGGCCCUGAAGGUCCGCUACCGGGAGCGCAUCACCAUCCUGCGCGGUAACCACGAGUCGCGCCAAAUCACACAGGUGUACGGAUUCUACGACGAGUGUCUGCGCAAGUACGGCAACGCCAACGUCUGGAAGUACUUCACCGAUCUGUUUGACUACUUGCCGCUGACGGCGCUCGUCGACGGGCAGAUCUUCUGCCUGCACGGAGGCCUCAGUCCCUCGAUCGACAGCCUGGACCACAUUCGGGCCCUCGACCGCUUGCAGGAGGUUCCGCACGAGGGUCCCAUGUGCGAUCUUCUCUGGUCCGAUCCCGAUGACAGGGGCGGCUGGGGAAUCUCUCCCCGUGGUGCCGGUUACACCUUUGGACAGGAUAUUUCGGAAACCUUUAACAACACAAACGGCCUGACACUUGUGUCUCGUGCCCAUCAACUGGUCAUGGAGGGCUACAACUGGUGUCACGAUCGCAACGUGGUCACAAUAUUCUCAGCGCCAAACUAUUGCUACCGAUGUGGCAACCAAGCGGCCCUCAUGGAACUGGAUGAUUCACUUAAAUUUUCAUUCCUACAAUUUGAUCCAGCACCCAGGCGCGGGGAGCCUCAUGUUACACGAAGAACACCCGAUUAUUUCCUUUAAGCUGUACUGCUAGCACCUACGCAGCUUACAUUUACACAUAUUACAUCGCAUUAUAACAACAAGAACCGAAACAAUAUAUAAUAUAUACAAAUCCAACCAGCAGCAACAAAAUAAACGAAAGGCAAGUGCUGUCGAAAAAAUUACCAUAAAGAACAACCCGAAACUAAAACCUCGAUGCAUUUGUUUUGUGGAGAUCGUUUUAAACAGAAAGAAGUGAAAGAUGUUGUAUAAACAAAGAGAAAAGUAACCAUAACAGUCGAGAACACAAAAAUGCAUUGAACAGUUAUUGUUGUUGCCCACAGUUUAAAAGAAAAACCCGGAAACGUUGCCAGUUGGGGUGGCAAACAGAAAAGUUAUAUCAAAGUUAAAGGGGAAGAGCAGGAGCAGUAUACAGAAAUGAUGAUACAAUCCAAUCAAACCUACCUACCAACCAACAACCGCAAGCAACAAGAAGAACUACAACUACUUAGCUAAAUUUGUUAAUUUAUAAAAAUAACGAACUAAGCGUCGCAGCAGAAAGCCAGGGAGCAGGCAUGAUGGAUGGACGGACUCAUGGAUUAUGACGUGAUGUGUGUAUGGGCGGAAGGGGCUGACAAAGGACUAGACGGGACGAAAGGACGAACGCCAGGACGAGCAGCAGCAGCAGACGACCCACGACCGACAAAGCAGGAAGAUUUCGAUGAAGCAGCAGGAGCAGCAGCAAAAAACUAGCAGCAGUAUAUGGCGAGAGCAGCAGGAUAAGCCAAGGCGAUCGGGGAAGCGCGGGGCGGGCCAGCGAUUCAUACAAAAACAAAACGUAUAAAAAA